UGAAGGUGUUGGAAGCCCACAAUAAUUAAUGUUAAAAUUAAUGCCACGACUACCACCGGGGAAAUCAUAUACGCUACAGGUUAUAUUAAUUGACCAAGAUUAUCAUGAACUAGUGAUAUAUACCAUGGACAUAUUAUUUUGUGCCUUAUUAGGUUGAAUUAGAUUUUAGUAACCUGGUUUUAAAAAAAUAGGGUUUGUUCGUGGAACUUUUUAACAAUGUCAAUAAUAGUGACCAGCUGAUUGCAACAACUACCCGGUGUGUCUUUAACAAAUUUCCGGAGAAAUUGGAGAAUCAGAACGUGAAUGUGGUCAGGAAACCGUUUUCUUCAGUACCAGUGUUUUUUACGCUUAUGAGACAAGUAUUUUAUUCUGCAUGCCUGAUGUCUUCAAAAUUCGACAUGAGCAAGAACAUGGGCUGGCUGUUUGCUCGGGUGUCAUUUAUCCCAACUCUGGUGUUCAAUAUGUGUAUGGAGAAAGUGACAUCACGUCGUUGGUAUGAUCAUAUUGACAACCGAGUGAUCUUGGGAGCCCUACCAUUCAGGAGUAUGACAAAGCAGCUCGUAGAAGAAGAAAGAGUUCGAGGUGUGAUAUCCAUGAAUGAAGAUUAUGAACUGAAGUGGUUGUCCAACAUGAAAAAAGAAUGGGCAGAGGUUGGUGUCAACUUCCUCCAGUUAAGUACAACAGACAUAUUUGAAGCCCCUUGUCAGGAGAAGCUUCAGAAAGGUGUUAAGUUCAUCCAGGAUUUUGAUACUCGUAACAGUGAUGGUCAUGUUUAUGUGCACUGCAAGGCUGGUCGAACAAGAAGUGCAACACUUGUCGCCUGCUACCUAAUGGCUAAGAAUGGGUCAACACCAGAAGCUGCUGUGUCUCACAUUAAAGAAUUCCGUUCUCACAUCUGGCUUGGACCCAAACAGCAUGAGGCUCUUCAUGUAUUUUACAGAAGAUUGCAUGAAAGAUAACACGUAGUUCUACUUAUUCCCUAAGUCUUCCAACUGUAUAUUUAUAGCUUUAACUUUGAAUGUUUCAUAGUAUUUAUGGAUGUUAAUUGUUAAAAGUACUGUAAUGUAGUUUUUUAUUAAUACUCAGUCUGUCCUUUAGUUUUAGUUUACAUAGUUUCAACCAGCGAUCUCUUACUUAUAAUAGUUUUUAAUAUUAAUUGUAGAUUAACUAUUUUAUAUGUAUUGCAGUGUAUCAGGGUUAAGAGAAAUACAUACAGUACAGUAUAUGUAUAGGAUAUGGAAAAUGUACUGUCUAAUCUAUCCUCUAAAGCAGUGCAGUGAUGAAUAUUCAAAAGUUGAUUAUUUUACAGGAAAUGUAUUGCUCUCCAUCACUAAACUUGUAAACCAGUACAGUGAAGUAAAUUUGAAAAGCCAUUACAUCUCCACAAACAUUUCACAUCAGCAUGCUAAUUUCAUGAUGAAUCAAAAUAUAUUCCUUCUUGGUGAUUGGUUUUUAUUCUUACAAUUUAUCUACAUUAUAAUAGCUAUGUGCCUUACUUUAAUGUAUGCUGACAUUUGGAAAUUGUCUCAAAGGUCAUCCGUCUUCCUCUUAAGUACAACUCUGUAUUGUGGAAUUCAUGCCAUUAUUAAAAAAAAAUUUAUACUAA